GACAUGUGCACCACAUAUCAUACAUACACCACAACUCAAGACCCAACCCAACAGAGAGAGAGGGGAAGUGGAAUAGGCUGGUUUCACCAAAUGAGUCCAGAAGGGUAGUUUCACAGAACAAGCAGAAGAAGGGUAGUGGGUCUUUUUUUAAAGAAGCUGCCAGAGUCCCCUGCAUUUUGGACGGUAGAGAAGUAUGGCAGCGUGGGACCUGUCAGUUGCGGUGGAGGACCUGGGAGCUGAUGCUCCGCCCAUCACUGUCAGUGUGACCUCUGACCUACACAUAGGUGGGGUCAUCCUCAAACUAGUGGAGAAGUCACAGGUAAAGCGCGACUGGUCGGAUCAUGCCCUGUGGUGGGAGCAGAAGCAGCAGUGGCUCCUGCGAACGGCCUGGACCCUUGAGAAGUGUGGCAUCCAGGCAGAUGCCGGGCUCAUCUUCAUGCCCCAGCACAAGCCCCUGAGGCUGGGCCUGCCCAACGGACUGAACCUCAGGCUCCGGGUCUGCUUCUCUGGGCCUGUGUUCCGCACUGUGCUGGGCAUCUGCAAGAUGCUGAACAUCCGUCGGCCAGAGGAGCUGUCCCUGCUGCGACCUGUAGAGGAGAAGAAGAGGAAGAAAGUUAGAGACUUGUCAGAGGAACUGUAUGACCUCACAGAAGUGCCUCUCACCUCAGUGUCCCGCCCCUGCUUGUAUAAUGGAAUGCCUGCCCAUUUCGCUGACUCCCCUAAGACUGAGAAGGUGUACAAGAUGCUGUCAGUCUCCCAGCCUGCUCCCCCUCCAGAGGCCAUCGCUAAGCUGUACCGCCCCGCCAGUGUGGUAGACAAGGCCCACAUCCACAGCAGGUGGCUGGACUCUUCUCGUUCACUGAUGGAGCAGGGAGUUCAGGAGAAUGACAGACUAUGGCUGCGCUUCAAAUACUACUGCUUCCAUGACCUGGAGCCCAAGUAUGAUGCGGUGCGUCUGACCCAGAUGUAUGAGCAGGCUCGCUGGGCCAUCCUACUGGAGGACAUAGACUGUACUGAGGAGGAGAUGCUGCUGUUUGGAGCUAUACAGUACCACAUCAACAAGCUGUCCCUGUCGGAGCCCCAGACGAUGACCUCUAGUCCGGCCAUGGAUGACCUGGACUCAGCCCUACAGUGCCUGGAGGUCAAGCUGGAUGGGGCGAACAGCAGCCCCCAAGACAUGCUGGAGAACCUGACCGCCCCAGAGCUGAAUGAUUAUUUGAAGAUAUUCCGGCCCAAGAGGUUGACUCUGAAGGGAUACAAGCAGUACUGGUUCAAGUUUAAGGAUGCCUCCAUCUCCUACUAUAAGAGCAAAGAGGAGAGCCUGGGAGAACCCAUUCAACAGAUCAACCUCAAAGGCUGUGAGGCUGCUCCAGAUGUGAAUGUUGCUGGACAAAAGUUCUGCAUCAAACUUCUGAUCCCAGCUCCAGAGGGCAUGAACGAGGUCUACCUGCGCUGUGAAAAUGAGGAGCAGUAUUCCAGUUGGAUGGCAGCGUGUCGUCUGGCCUCUAAAGGGAAGAGUCUGGCAGACAGCUCAUUCCAGAGUGAGGUCCAGAGCAUCCGAUCCUUCCUGGCCAUGCAGCAGACCAACCCCAACACACACACAGAUGACAGCAUGAGCAUCAACACACACAGCCUGGUCUCUCCACGCUACAGCAAGAAGUACAAGGCCAAACAGUUGACCCCUCGUAUCCUGGAGGCAUAUCAGAACGUGGCUCAGCUCUCCCUGACUGACGCCCUCCUCCGCUUUCUCCAGAUCUGGCAGGCCCUGCCUGACUUUGGUAUCUCCUUGGUGGUGGUGAGGUUUAAGGGCAGCAGGAAGGACGAGGUGCUGGGCAUCACCCCCAACCGCCUGAUCCGUAUCGACCUGGGGGUGGGAGACGUGGUCAAGACCUGGCGCUACAACAACAUGAGGCAGUGGAAUGUCAACUGGGACAUACGACAGGUGGCCAUAGAGUUUGAUGGGAACGUGAACAUAGCGUUCAGUUGUGUGACGGCUGACUGUAAGAUCGUCCAUGAGUUCAUUGGAGGCUACAUCUUCAUGUCGACACGCAGCCGCGAGCAGAGUGACACACUCAACGAAGAGCUCUUCCACAAGCUGACAGGAGGCCACGAGGCUCUGUGACACCCUCACCCAGUAAUAUACAGCAGCUAUAGCCCUAGAAGCAAUCUAUAAAUCCAUACAGCAGAUACACCAGUGGACAGUUUGAGUGUUUUAGGGUGCGGCUGCAGCAGCCUUGAAGAGAAAUGACAACCAGUCCACGCUGGGAUCCUAGCAGACAUGCAGUUGACUAUUCAAUAAAUCAAGGAAGAGGUGACCCAUGAAUAGAAGUUAUAGAAAAUGAUUAACAAUGUAAUGAAUUGUCAAUUCUGAAAUCCAUAAUUAAAUAUGUUUAUUGACAUACAUAAA